AUGGCGUGGGACCAUCUCUCCAUCACGAAGCCGCACUUGGUGUACAUCAUCCUGGGCGGCUUCACAACCCUUUUCAUGCUCUGCUCCUCCAUCAUCAAGGAGCGCAUGUAUAUUGGCGAAGCCACUGUCGCAACCAUCUGUGGCAUCAUCUUCGGCCCUCACGCCGCCAACCUGAUUGACCCCAAAAGCUGGGGCAACGUCGACCUCGUUACCAUCGAGUUCUCCCGCAUCGUCCUUGUCGUACAAUGCUUCGCCGUCGGUGUAGAGCUGCCCAAGUUCUACAUGGAGAAGCACUGGAGAUCCGUCACCUUUCUGCUGAUCCCUGUCAUGACCAUUGGCUGGCUCGUCGUGAGCCUCUUCAUCUGGUGGCUGAUUGAUCCGCUGACUUGGCUCGAGAGCUUGGUCGUCGCCGCUUGUGUGACCGCCACCGAUCCCGUCCUGGCCUCGUCCGUCGUCGGCAAGGGCAAGUUCGCCAAGCGGGUCCCCAAGCACUUGCGAGACCUGCUGUCGGCCGAGUCCGGCUGCAACGAUGGCAUGGCCUUCCCCUUUGUCUACCUCGGCAUUUACCUCAUCCAGGAGCACAUGGACGCCAAAAAGACCAUCUACCACUGGAUUGUCUACACGAUUCUCUAUGAGUGCAUCUUUGGCGCCAUCUUCGGUUUCCUCGUUGGCUACAUCGCACGCCACGGCAUCAAAUACGCAGAGGAGCACGAUCUGAUUGACCGAGAGAGCUUCUUGGUCUUCUACUUCGUCCUCGCCCUCUUUUGCGCCGGUGCUGGUAGUUUGCUCGGUAUGGACGACCUGAUCGUCGGCUUCGCUGCCGGCGUCGGUUUCUCCAACGACGGUUGGUUCGCCUCCAGGACUGAAGAGUCGCACGUCUCCAACGUCAUCGAUUUGUUGAUCAACCUGGCCUACUUUGUGUUUCUGGGCACCAUCAUCCCCUGGGAGCAGUACAACAACGUCGCCGAGGGUAUCACCCCCUGGCGGCUGGUCGUCAUCGCCAUAUUCGUCAUCCUGUUCCGCCGCAUCCCCGCCAUGCUCAUGCUGAAGCCCUUCAUACCGGACAUCAAGACGUGGCGCGAGGCUGUCUUCGCCGGCCAUUUUGGUCCAAUCGGGGUCGGCGCCAUCUUUGUCGCCAUCUUGGCACGCGCCGAGUUGCAGUGGGAGACGGUUGUACCGCUCUCCGAUGUCCCGCCCGAUGACGUCGAGCACAGGACCCUGGUCGCUGUUAUAUGGCCAAUCGUUUCCUUCCUCGUCAUCUCCUCCAUCAUUGUCCACGGUUCGUCGGUGGCUGUCUUCACGCUCGGAAAGCGCAUCAACACCUUGACAAUCACCAUGUCCUACACCACCGCCCCCGAGGACGGUCCCACCUGGAUGAACCGCCUGCCCAGAAUCUCGUCGCAGUCUCGAUCGCAAGCCCGAACCAUGUCCGACACAGACGGGGAGGAGUUGAAGGUGCCAGAGUUUCCGCCAGGCACACUGCCCCCCGUCGGAUUCCCGGGCGCUUUUUUGCGACGUCAAAAGGACGAGGAGGGCUCCAAAUCGCGCGCUCGAUCGACUUCGCGCAGCCGGCGCAAGAAGAACAAGUGGGACGACGGUAUCGGCCCGGGCGGGCCUGUCUCCCAGUCUGCUAUUUUCCCCACUAGACGCGAGCCCCUUCUCAACGAAAAGGACACCGCCUCCCCUGACAGCGAGGGCACCACGCCACCCAGACGCGAAUCCGACAGGGGCCGCGCAAGAGACUCCGAAAAGGACGACGACGAAAUCACACCCUCUCCCGAUGAAGGCUCUAGCCGAACGCAAACCCCGUCCAAGGUCCAAAUCUACGAGGAGGGUGAUAACCUGGUGGUCGAGAAUGAGGAUGGUGAUGUGUUGACUGUCGAACGUUCCGGUUCCGGGGGUAAUGCAGAGGCGGCCGUGGAAGAAGCUCGUCAUCGGAGACCUGUUGAAAACGACGUGAAUGCUCUUUCGCCCACCAAGUCGAGACAGGGUGAAAAGUUCAACUGGACCCUGGAUUCGUUCAAGCGCAAGGUCGAGGACGUUUACAGCUCCGAGGUGGAGAAACGCAAGGAGAAGAGCAAGAUUGGCAGGCGGCACGAGCCCGCUCGGGCUUUCCAGUUUGGCAAUACAAUUAUUGUUGAAGACGAAGAUGGUGAAGUUAUCAAAACUUACGAGCUACCGUCGGCAAAGUCUGGCAAGGAACAUGCAGGCCGCACACAGCAGGGUCUUAAGUACCUCGGCAUGGGCGGUCUGCUGAGGGCAUCCGACAAGCCGGUGACUGAAGGCGCAGCACCAGGAGAAUCCAGUGCCGAGGGUGCUACCAACGUACCCACAAAGUCAGGCUGGCAGCGCUACCUUGGCGGCGGCGGCGGCGGUGCCGGUGCCGCGCAGAAGCCGAAGAAGAACGCGGCUGAUGAACAAGGCGACGAUGACCGACAUAUCAGAUUCACAAUAGGUGGAGUCGGCCAAAGGAUGACCAAGGAGGACUUCAUUCGGGAAGUGCAGAAGCUUGACGAAAAGACGCGGCGACAGGUCGUGGACCAAUCGACUGCAUCACAGCGUGUCAAGUCCAUUGCGAAGGGAGACGUCCCCUCUCCGGCUGAACGACAAGCGAACAUCCCUACUAUCAAGAUUCGAAACGAUUCCACCGAGAAGAGAUCCGGGUCGUCCACACCACAGCGAGGGGAUUCCGGCCCGACACAGCCUGCCUCGAGAGCAUCACAGGAGAAGGAAAGCGACGAGGAUGAGACAGCCAUUGAGAGACAGCGAAGGCUGGCCGUGCUGUCAAACCAGAGCGACGAGAAUGUGGAUUCAGGCGAGACGCCUGCCGAAAGGCGCCGUAGGGAGGCUGCCCUGGGCAUGAACGCCAACGACGGUGGAGACGACUCGGACGAUGAGGGCGGGGAGAGAGUGCCGCCUGCAAGGAGAGGUAUCCGGUUUGCGGACAACACGGUGCCGCGAGGUCGCAAGUGA